AUGAGUCACGUAACAACCGUAGCGACGACCCAAGACACCCCAGCUCUGGUUUUCCAAGGCACUGGAAGAACUCUUGGCAGUAAUUCGCCCGACAUUCCUCACGAGCACAUCAACGAGUUCCUCCCCGCCAACAACGGUGUCACCGGCCUCGAACCCAACACAAACCCGCCAGACUGGCCUUCGAACCAGCGGCGAGUUCCCGCACAUCGACCACCAGCUGUCCAUGACGACUGGGAGCUGAUAGGGGGGCCACUGCCUAUGAGGGCCUUUCUAUGGACCAUGUUUCAUGGCUGUGAGCUUCUUCGGUGGUUUUACACUUUCCCAACACAGCUCGGCUUACAUGAGCGUGAAUAUUUCCAAUACCAGGUGGCUGGAGAGUGGUGA